CGAUCUUUCAGAUGGAUUGAUACGAUCUGUAUCAAUCAGUAUGAUCUAGAUGAGCGAGCUCAACAAGUCUCGUUUAUGAGAGAUAUAUACGGCCGCGCCAAGAGUGUUGUGAUCUGGUUAGAUGAGAUACUUUUUGAACUCGAAGACAAUCCUUAUUUCAACACAAAUGGGAACAUCCCUCGGCCAGGUCAUGCAGAUUGGAACGCGGUAUGGUGGUUAUACAGGAAUGAGUGGUUUUCCAGAGUUUGGGUCAUUCAACAAGUUGCACAAGAUUUCUUAGCGGAUAUGCUGAUAGGAGAUCAUUCCGUGCCU